CAUAGUUAUGUACAUAGUAGCUUGUACACUCUUCUGCACCAGGAACACCCGAUAAUUCGCUCCUUCCUAUCACCCUAUUCGAGCCUGGGACCGCGCAUCCACUCUGGAGGAUGGGCCAGUACUGGAGGUUAAUCAACAUCGACAGGAGGCAGAGUAUAAGCUUCGAAUGUAUGAAGCUCGGCGAGGUGAUGUUUUGGCGUGAUCCGGACCGACUAAUCUGGUUGCUCGCCACCCCUCGCAAGCCCAAGCCGUAUCAGCGCUCUCUCGAACGCGGCCACAGCAAGGAUCCGCGUGAUCUGGGCGCGCUGAAUCUUCCCUUCGACGUUUUGGAUCUCAUAUUCGAGCAUAUCGCACUCGACAACAUCUUAGAUGCUGCCUACCUCGCGCUCACCAACUCGUUCCUCCGGGUCAUCGGCGGGAAACGCAUCUACGAGGGAAUGUACGCCUACAGUGCGCCGUGGAGCCUGGACCGUCUCAUCUGCGUCGGCGACUACCUCAGUGGCGAUGACCUGCCUCCCGACAUCCUAAAGGAGGACGAGGAGGAGUCGCUCAGCGGCGACUGCUCCGAGGAAGAGGACGGUGAGGACGGCGCACGCCUGUACAACGCGGCCAAGACCUGGCUCGACGACGACGUUGCGGCUAGACACUGGGAUAGGAAGUUCUCAUGGUCCGACACGAGAGUCCGGCUGUCCCAUGCCGAGGACAGCGAGCUGAACGACUUGGUCGAGCUCGACUACUCGUGGGAUGGGACGCCCGAGACCGAGUGGAUCCUGUGCAACUGGACGCUCGCGCAGUACGUGCGCGCCAGCGCCGUCGCGAAGCUCACCGGCACGAGGUGUCACGGUCCCUGGGCAAACAGGUUUCUCGGCCUCGGACACGUCCUCCUCACGCAGAUCUGCUGGUCGUCGGACGAUUCGGUCAGCAUGCGUUAUGAAGGACCCAUCCACCGCGGCAGCUGGGCCGGACACUACGUUGCCAUCACCACUGUGGACCAAUUGACGGAGAACCGCAGCUUCGCCGACAAGAAGGACUGGACGGACGUGACCGAGGUUUUGGAGAUAUGGCGAGCUGAUAACCCUGAAACACUGGCACCGCACCUACGUUCUGAAGACUACGUCAGCGACAAUACUAACACAGACGAGGAAGAUCUACAAGACCAAGAGGAGAGCAAGCCGGACGACUCGGACGCAAAGCAGGUGGACUCGGACGCCGCGUUGGAAGACGCUUCAGGUGACGAAUCUCAAGAAGCCGACAAAUCGUGAAUCAAUGAAGGAUCUACCCCGACCCAAUGACGACGGUCGCGAAAGCUUCGCUAUGCACUGUGCGACGUUCUGUGUAGUACAACAAUGAUGUGUAUAGUAAUGUCUAUACCCUAUUCCGUUUGUGUAAAGCCUGAUUCAGUGUCCCCACGACGCGAAUGUGAUUGCAGAAGCAAAUGUUUAAAGUUGCAACCAACUCGAUCGUUGAACACGGAUAGUGAAGGGAGCGCAGAACCUGUGUGCGGUGAACUGCGACUUUCACUCAGCUCAGAGACAACCAGUUGCAUUCCAAAUCCAUUACAUGAUACACGA